UUUGACUCCUCGCGCCUCACCUCGCCUCGCCUCCAUUACAUUUCCACCACGCGGCCGCCGCGCGCGUACGCCCUCACAUCACCUUUCCACCUUCUUCUCCUCCUCCUCCUCCUCCUCUCUCUCUCUCUCUCUCUCUCUACCUCUUUCUUGUCUCCAACUAGAAGUAGCUAUAGCUACCUAGCUCCACGACAAGUGAGCUCCCGGAGAGCAGGAGGAGGCUUUUGGUAGCCUCCCUCGCCGCCGCUUCGCCGCAUUUCGGUUGACGUUGUGGCGACAAUAUGACGAGUGGGUUGGUGACCGCCGGCGGUGGCGGCGGCGGCAAGGUGAUGAGCCUGCGGCUGCAGUACUACGUGGUGCUGGGCGGGGUGACGGCGGUGGUGCUCCUCGCCUGCCUCAGGUACACGCCUACUGCCGCCGCCGUGGCCGCCGUCGGCUACGGCUUCUGGGGCAACGGCGACGGCGCUAGCCUUGCCGCAGCUGGGGCGGCGGCGACCACCGUCGGUGGCACUGGUACUAGCGCUGCUGCGACGACGGGUGGUGGCGGCGCCGGCGGGGGGCGGUCUCCCUCUCGCGUGGUGAUCUUCAACUUCGGCGACUCCAACUCGGACACCGGCGGGAUGGCGGCGGCGAUGGGGUUGAACAUCGCGCUGCCGGAGGGGCGCACCUACUUCCGCCGCCCCACCGGCCGCAUCUCCGACGGCCGCCUCGUCAUCGACUUCAUCUGUGAAAGCCUGAACACGCCUCAUCUGAGCCCGUACCUGAAGUCACUGGGCUCCGACUUCAGCAACGGCGUCAACUUCGCCAUCGGCGGCUCCACGGCGACGCCCGGAGGAUCCACCUUCUCGCUCGACGUCCAGCUCCAUCAGUUCCUCUACUUCAGAACCAGAUCCAUCGAACUCAUCAACCAAGGCGUGCGAACACCGAUCGAUCGCGACGGAUUCCGAAACGCCAUCUACACCAUCGACAUCGGGCAGAACGAUCUCGCUGCCUACAUGAAUCUCCCCUACGACCAAGUUCUUGCCAAGAUCCCCACCAUUGUUGCUCACAUCAAGUACACCAUCGAGGCGUUGUACGGGCACGGUGGGCGGAAGUUCUGGGUGCACGGGACGGGGGCGCUGGGGUGCCUGCCGCAGAAGCUGUCGAUCCCACGCGACGACGACUCCGACCUCGACGGCAACGGGUGCCUCAAGACGUACAACGCGGCGGCGAGGGAGUUCAACGCGCAGCUGGGCGCGGCGUGCCGGCGGCUCCGGCAGCGGAUGGCGGACGCCGCCGUGGUGUUCACCGACGUGUACGCCGCCAAGUACGACCUGGUGGCGAACCACACGCUGCACGGCAUCGAGAGGCCGCUCAUGGCGUGCUGCGGCAACGGCGGCCCGCCCUACAACUACAACCACUUCAAGAUGUGCAUGUCCGCGGAGAUGGAGCUGUGCGACAUGGGCGCCAGGUUCGCGAGCUGGGACGGGGUGCACUACACCGAGGCCGCCAACGCCAUCGUCGCCGCCAGGGUGCUCACCGGCGAGUACUCCACGCCGCCGGUCAGGUUCGCCAGCCUCGUCAACUCCACCGCCGUACCCAACGACGGCUAAGCCUUAUCGAUCUCUUGCUGCUACAAUGUCUCUCCUUUGAUUUGGUGGAUCAACCAGACAAGAGAGACAACCAAUGCAAGCUGCAGAAAGAAUUAUUAGUGGAUCGAUCGAGCAGCUGGCUUUGGCUAAGCUUUGGUGGUGAGCUCACAUUUGUGUGGAGCUCACGAUCAGAGGAUGGGGAAGGUAGUGUGACUGAUAGGAUGGACCACCAAACUGAGAGUGUGUUGUUGUGGGGGUGGGCCUCUUUAGCUUUACAUAUAUCAUCAAACAUGUAACAUGUGUGUGUGUGGAAGUGUAAUUCUUUUAAUAAUUGAUCAGGAAAAUGAUGGGGGUGCACAGCAUUUUGAUUGCAUGUU